CAUCUGGCAACGCUCGCGAACGCUCAGUGUCAAAAUUUCGGCCGUUUCGAACAAAUAAUUUAUUUUUGGGCUUUGUUCACACAUUUAGCACCGCAUUAUUCCCAAUAUUUUUUACUCAAAAGUUUUGGGGUACAAAAUUCAUAGCUCAUUGCAAUGUUCCGAUUUGGCAAGCUCCAUCGCAGUCUGUCUAAGGUGGCCAAAAAGGGACAGACAGCUGUGUAUUCCCAGCGCCGUUGCAUUCAGGCGAGGAGUUUCUUGCCGGGAUUGGCUAGUAGGACGGCUGGAACGCCCUCUGCGACGGCCCAGGUAACCGGUGGAAACAAGCAGCACGUACACCCCCAUGGUAAUUCCGUUAACAGUGGCCACGAAGAACAUAACACCCGCUGGCCGAGGAAAGUCUUUAGUGGCAUCCAGCCGACGGGUUCCCUGCAUCUGGGUAAUUAUCUCGGCGCCGUGCGCAAAUGGGUGCAGCUGCAGAAUGCUCGUGACGAUGUCACCGUGUGUAUUGUGGAUUUGCACUCUAUUACCAUGCCCCACAAUCCGCCGCUUCUGCGAGAGAACAUCUUCACCAUGGCCGCCACGUUGUUGGCAUGUGGCAUCGAUCCCACCAAGAGCACCCUCUUUGUCCAGUCCGCCGUUGCCGAGCACGCCGAGUUCAAUUGGAUCCUUAGCUCCUUGACCACCAUGCCGCGAUUGGCUCAACUGCCGCAGUUCCGAGAGAAGUCCCGUCUUCUAAAGGAUGUCCCUCUGGGAUUGUACGUUUACCCGGUUCUCCAAGCAGCCGACAUUAUGCUUUACAAGUCCACUCAUGUUCCUGUGGGCGCUGACCAGAUUCAGCACAUUCAGCUGGCCCAGCACUUGGCCAGAAUUUAUAACGGUCGCUAUGGCGAGACUUUCCCUGUUUGCACCGCCAUCAUUGAGGAUGGUGAUGCCUCCCGUGUGCUGUCCCUGCGAGAUCCCUCCAAAAAGAUGUCUAAAUCGGAAGCGAAUCCCAAGGCCACCAUCAACUUGUGUGACUCGCCCGACUUGAUUACGCAGAAGAUAAAGAAAGCCGUCACAGACUUUACAUCGGACAUUACUUAUAAUCCUGGCAAGCGUGCUGGCGUCAGCAAUCUGGUCAACAUCCAUGCCCAGGUCACGGGACAGAGCAUUAAGACAGUGGUGAACGAGGCCGCCACUUUGGACACGGCAAAGUAUAAGGACCGUGUGGCGGAGGCUGUGGUCGAGCACUUGCGUCCGAUCCGAGAACAGAUACACCAUCACAUGACUAAGCGCAACGAGAUGAUCUACUUGCUGGAAGUGGGUGCAGAAAAGGCACGUCAGCAGGCACGCCAAACGUUGAACGAUGUUAAACAGCGCCUAGGACUAGGAACCAGUGCCAACAUUCCGGCUGCGGUGCAUGUGGCUCCACUUCUGCCCGCACCCGAUAUUUCCAAAACCUCAGCAAGCAGGCGAAUGUCCAAGGACUUCGACGGGAAUGUCCACGAGCGUCACGAACGGAUGUACGGAUUCGGAGAUCAGCCAAGCGGAGGAGCUGGUCAGUCAGCCACCGGCGAGGUGGCGGAUAUGCCUCAGGCCGUUGUACCGCGGGUGAUCCGUCGGGCGCCCAUCGUUCCCACUCAGUCUAUGCGCGUAGAGAAACAACUAGGUAGCACUCGAACUCGGCACGUAUUCCAGAUGGACACCUGCAAUGCUCCGCAUAUAGGGUUCAAACCGCCGCCAGGAUUUUCGGCCAGCAUGGUCACCGGUGCUCUAGCCAAGAACAAGCGCGCUACAGUUAAACCCGUUACUGGCAACCUGGGCUUCGGCCAGCAAUCGCAGGGUGGCUCUUACAAGCACAGCCAGAACGUGAAUCCUAGUGCGGUAUCCACCAUUGCACGUGAAGUAAACGCUGCUAAGAAGCAGGAGUUUACCUGCAACCCCGCUUUGUACGGCUCUGCCUUAGAAUCGCUUUCCAAUUCAAGUCGCUCGAGCGAAAAGACUAACUCUACGGCAGGAGACAGUGAGUUCAUAAUUGUCGCGAGCGAGGAGGAAGAGCAGGCUGCUUCCUCUGAGGAGCAACGCGAAGAAGCUGAAGAGGAGGAGUCCGGGGAACGUGAAAGGGAGAAAGGCGAGCGCAACGCCACUGAAGCUACCAAAGUCGAGAUUUAACUCUCGGAAACAUUGCAAUUGUUAUAAGUGUAGUACAAGUAUACUUAGGUAACAUUACUGUUAAAUCUGUCGUUUUUUUGAAAAUCGCGAACAGCUUUUGCAGCAGAAGACGAAGUCAAGAUAAUAUAGACGUAUCAAAAUCAAAUGGCAUAUGUGGAUACUGACACUACAAUUAUUGUUAUAUUUACUGUUAUGUACUGAGAGUGCAGUAAGAUUACAUUUUGAACUUGUAUGUUUAAUCCCAUGUGAUUGCAUUGACCGGCUGGAUUUCAUCGCUAAAUUAUAAGCAAAUCUCGCACCCAAAUAAAUUUAUACUGAUUUAGCAU